AUGACGUCCAGUAAAUUGAGAGCGACUCCGAUCCCAAUCACAAUGCUUUCGGGAUUUCUGGGAUCCGGCAAGACAACGCUGCUGCAGAAAAUUUUGACCGCAGACCACGGACUCAAAGUCGCUGUCAUCAUCAAUGACAUGUCCGAGAUCAACAUCGACUCUGCUUUGAUCCAAAAUAACCGGAUAUGCCAGAAAGAGGAAAAACUGAUCCAGUUGCAAAAUGGGUGUAUCUGCUGUACUCUGCGCGGCGACUUGCUUGAAGAGCUUGUGCGUGUGUGCGAAAUGGGGGACAUCAACUAUAUUAUAAUCGAAUCGACCGGAAUCGCAGAACCCAUGCAAGUUGCAGAGACGUUCGCCCAGGAAUUUUCAGAUAUUUUACUCAACAUGCCUGGCGGCAUUGCAGAGGAAGAAGAGGCCAUUUUGAAAAAAGUUUCUUCGAUGGGGGGACUGCAGGCGCUAGCCAAGAUAGACACCUGUGUCACUGUCGUUGAUGCCCUUAACUUCCUGUCCAACAUUAACACCACGCAAUUUUUGGCCGAUCGUUGGGGCGAUUCUGGUCAAGGUGAGUCCGAACGUACCAUCACCGACCUUAUGGUGGACCAGAUCGAAUUCAGCAACCUCGUCAUCCUCAACAAGAAAAGCUUGGUGGGCAAAAAGAAGCUGCAAAAGAUCAAGAAAAUGAUCCACGUUUUGAACCCGCUUUGUAAAAUCGUCACCACAGACUAUUGUGAUAUCCCAAUCAAGUCUGUGCUCAACACCGGUCUCUACGAUUUCGAAAAAGCAUCUACUGCGGCCGGAUGGUUGCAGAGCAUCAACGAAAUGACCGUUGUAGAGGGUUUUGGCGAGAAAAAGAGGAAGAUCCUAUCUCCCAAACCGGAGACUGAGGAGUACAACGUAAACAACUUUGUUUACCGCCAACGAAGACCAUUCCAUCCACAAAGACUGUACGAGGCUUUGAAGAACAAAUUCAUGGUGAUUGAACACGCCGGUGUAGAAGGGUUUCCAGGAGACGGCGAAUAUGACGAUGAGGAUGGAGAAGAAGGUGAGGAAGAUGAGGACGAGGGAGUUGAAGAUGAGGAGGAUGAGGAAGAUGAGGAAGAUGAGGAAGAUGAGGAAGAUGAGGAAGACGGGGAAGAACUCAGUGAAGCACAAAUCAAUGCCAACAGAGCCCAUUCCCCAUUUGGACCCGUUUUACGCUCUAAGGGAUUUAUUUGGCUUGCAACCCGUUUCAUUGUCCGAGGUGAAUGGUCUAGUGCGGGUCCUGUGCUCACAGUGAAGGGUGGACUUCCUUGGUUCGAUUUUUCUGGUUUCGAGGACGUCCCAUUAGAGGCUCUCGAGCUCAUUAAGAAAGAUUUCGAAGAACCCUACGGGGAUCGCCGUAAUGAGUUGGUCUUCAUUGGUAUUGGUCUUGACGUGAAAGCCAUCACUAGAGAAUUGGAUUCUUGUCUGCUCGACGACAAAGAGUUCAAACUGUACGAAAAGAUCACAAAAGGAGGAAACGCUCUACAGGUCGACGAAGAAUCUGUUAAAAUCUGGGACGAUGGUUUCGAGGAUUGGAUGACAUUUGCAGAUGUUGACGAUGAGGAGGAGGAAAAAGCGGAAAAUGGUCAACAGAAAACAUAG